AUGGCAUUAUUCGGUGGACUAAAGACAAUCUAUAGUAAAUAUCAGCAUCGUAGCAGUAGAUGCGCGUACUUUUGUAUACCAACCCUAGAAGUAGAAGUAGAGAAAAUUCGCAAUAUUGGAAUAUCAGCUCACAUUGAUUCCGGGAAAACGACAUUAACAGAGCGAGUUUUGUUUUAUACCGGACGCAUUGGUCAGAUGCACGAGGUCAGAGGUAAGGAUAAUGUCGGUGCUACAAUGGAUUUUAUGGAUCUGGAACGUCAACGUGGUAUUACGAUACAAUCUGCUGCUACUUAUACCAGCUGGAAAGAAACAAAUAUAAAUAUUAUUGACACACCAGGUCAUGUUGAUUUUACUAUGGAAGUCGAGCGUGCCCUACGUGUCUUAGAUUCAGCAGUAUUAGUAUUAUGCGGUGUUGGAGGUGUUCAAAGCCAAACUUUAACCGUUGAUAGACAAAUGAAACGUUACGAGGUUCCGUGCUUAGCCUUUAUUAACAAACUAGAUCGAAUGGGAGCUAAUCCAGAAAGAGUAGUUUUGCAAAUUAGGUCGAAAUUACGACAUAAUGCAGCUCUUAUUCAUUUACCGAUUGGUUUGGAAAGUGAUUUUAAAGGAAUUAUAGACAUAAUAUCUAGAAAAGCUAUUUACUUUGAAGGUGCAUUGGGUAAUAAGGCAGUAGCUAAUGUUGAUGAUGAACUAGGAGAGAAGUUUCUGGAAGACGCAGAUUUAUCUAAGGAAGACAUCAUCGCAGCAAUUCGACGUUGUACCUUAAAGAAAACUUUUACACCGGUCUUAUUAGGAUCAGCUCUAAAGAAUAAAGGUGUCCAGCCUCUUUUAGACGGUGUUUUAGCAUAUUUACCAAAUCCUUCCGAAGUUGAAAAUUUUGCUUUGGAUCCCGAAGACAAUGAGCAAAAAAUUUUAAUGAAUCCUUCACGGAGCAGCGCACAGCCUUUUGUUGGCCUUGCCUUUAAGCUUGAGGCAGGUCGAUUUGGUCAGUUAACAUAUAUACGUAUCUAUCAAGGACAGUUAAAAAGAGGUGGCUUUAUUGUUAAUGUUAGAACCGGUAAACGUCUUAAGGUACCACGACUUGUUAGGAUGCAUAGCAAUGAAAUGGAGGACGUCCAAGAGGCUUAUGCCGGUGAUAUUUGCGCAUUAUUUGGUGUAGACUGUUUUUCGGGCGAUACAUUUGUGGCUGAAUCUUCUCGGUCAUUAUCGAUGGAAUCGAUGUUUGUUCCAGAACCUGUGAUCUCUCUUUCUAUCAAGCCUACCAAUAAGAACGAUAUCGGACAAUUCUCUAAAGCGAUCCACCGGUUCACUAAAGAAGAUCCAACUUUCAAGGUGCACUUUGAUGACGAGAGCAAAGAGACCAUUAUUUCUGGUAUGGGAGAAUUACAUUUGGAUAUUUAUGCCGAGAGAAUACGUACAGAAUAUAAUUGCCCAUGUGAAACUGGGAAGCCGAAAGUGGCUUUCAGAGAAACAAUUGGUUCGAUUGCCCAAUUCGAUUAUUUGCAUAAAAAACAAUCUGGUGGAGCUGGUCAGUUUGGUCGUGUUAUCGGAGAAAUUCAACCUUUGGGCGAGGAUAAGUUAACAUCAGUUGAAUUUUCCGAUGAAACUGUUGGUAUGAAUAUUCCAAAGAACUUUAUACCUGCUAUUGAGAAGGGCUUCCGAGAUAUAUGUGAAACUGGUAUUAUAUCUGGACAUAAAAUUAAUGGUGUUAAAAUUGUAUUAAAAGAUGGUACUUCCCAUGCAGUCGACUCUAGCGAAUUAGCUUUCCGCCUGGCUGGCAAGGGAGCUAUGAGACAAGUAUUCCCUAAGGCCAACCCAAUAAUACUAGAGCCGGUAAUGCUGGUUGAAAUUAGCGCUCCAGAAGAAUACAGAGGGGCUGUUCUAACCAGUAUGAGUCGUCGGCGUGGCGUCAUUACUGGAAGUGAUUCAGUAGAAGGAUACUUUUAUCUGUUUGCUGAAGUUCCGUUGAAUGAUAUGUUCGGAUAUGCAACUGAGUUACGAUCAGCUACACAAGGCAAAGGAGAAUUCGUCAUGGAGUACCAGAAAUAUGCACCAGUAACACCACAGUUACAAGACACCUUAGUCAAGCAGUUUGAAGAAGAAAGGUUACGAAAGUUAAAAAAAUAA